CGGCCUCCCCGGAGCCCGGGCCCCGGCGCUCCCCAUUGGAGCAGGCGGGCGUGACGCGCGGGGCCGCGGCUGGCUAUUUGAGGCAGGAGGCGGAGGGAAGCCGACACACACACACACGGUGGGGGCAGCGCACACGCGUGAGGACACGGGCGCCCGGCCCCGCUGCUGGCUGAAGCCGCCGGGCUGCAGAACCACAAGCGCGCAGGGAGGCGGCCCCAAGGGCAGCGCCCGCUGAUCGCCGGGGAGACGGGCCGAGCGGCCCUGGCCUUUCAGCUGCGCGGGACGCGGACCCUCACCCCGGCCCCGUGGGCAUCUGCUCGGAGCGGGACUGAAUCUGGGAAAGUUUUGUUCCGCAGGCAGCGCGGCGGGAUUUACAGCAGCCGCUCCCUCCCGUGGUGGGGACUGGACACCGCGGGCAGGGGUUGUUCGGCCCUUGUUUAAAUACUGGGGCUGGGAACUUGCUGGUCUCCCUGCAGAUGUUUAACCCUUGCCCGGAAGAAGGAUCCGAGUCGCCUUUCAAAGAGGAUCCAAUGGUUGGCAGCAGCUCAGCGCGGGCUGGGCUUUAACUCUUGGAGGCUUUCUGGAUUGACUCUGCUGCUCCUCCUUUUGGGGAAACUCUUUGCCUGUAUCCCUCCUGGGGUCUUCCUUUGCAACCCUGCCUGUGGUCUUGAGGCUGGGAUCUUCAAGCAAAGAGACCUUAAAGAAGUCCAAAAAGAGCGUGAGGUCAAACGGCAAGGGGCCAGCAUGCUAUGAGAUAGUGCCCCUGUCCCUGAAGAAGAAGAUGGCUGCAGAGCUUUACCCUGCCAGUGCUAACACCAAUAUUGCAAACAGUAAUAACGCUGCUGCUGCCACUGUCGCUGCUGCUGCCAAUAGCAAGAAAAACGCCCUUCAGCUUCAGCAGAGUGCCCAGCCGCCGCCACCACCGCAACUGCAAAACCUGAACAACAACAAUUUGGAGAGCUCCAACUGGCAGUCCUUCCACCCCACCCUGCGGGAGAGGAACGCAUUGAUGUUCAAUAACGAACUUAUGGCUGAUGUACAUUUUAUCGUAGGCCCCCUGGGGGCAUCAAAGAAAGUUCCUGCCCAUAAGUAUGUUUUGGCAGUUGGUAGCUCUGUCUUCUAUGCUAUGUUUUAUGGUGAUCUUGCAGAGGUCAGAUCUGAAAUCCAUAUACCAGAUGUGGAACCUGCAGCCUUUCUAAUCUUAUUAAAGUAUAUGUAUAGUGAUGAAAUUGACCUGGAAGCUGACACAGUGCUUGCUACUCUGUAUGCUGCCAAGAAGUAUAUCGUCCCAGCCUUAGCAAAGGCUUGCGUCAAUUUUCUGGAGACUAGUUUAGAGGCUAAAAAUGCUUGUGUUCUGCUGUCUCAGAGCAGACUCUUUGAGGAGCCAGAAUUGACGCAGCGCUGCUGGGAAGUAAUUGAUGCUCAAGCAGAAAUGGCAUUGAAGUCAGAAGGCUUCUGUGAAAUUGAUCAACAAACACUAGAGAUCAUUGUAACCAGGGAAGCACUAAACACUAAGGAGGUGGUAGUUUUUGAGGCUGUUCUUAAUUGGGCAGAGGCUGAAUGCAAAAGACAAGGCCUACCAAUUACACCAAGGAACAAGAGGAAUGUAUUAGGAAAAGCUUUAUAUUUGGUGCGGAUUCCAACUAUGACUUUGGAGGAGUUUGCCAAUGGAGCUGCUCAAUCUGACAUCCUUACCCUUGAGGAAACGCAUAAUAUAUUCUUAUGGUAUACAGCUGCAAAUAAACCCAAGCUAGAAUUUCCACUGACAAAAAGAAAAGGACUUGUACCUCAAAGAUGCCAUCGAUUUCAAUCCUCCGCAUAUCGUAGUAACCAAUGGAGGUACAGAGGUCGCUGUGACAGUAUCCAAUUUGCUGUAGAUAAAAGGAUAUUCAUAGCCGGACUAGGCUUGUAUGGAUCAAGCUGUGGUAAAGCUGAAUACAGCGUCAAAAUUGAACUUAAGCGUCUAGGAAUUGUUCUUGCUCAAAAUCUGACAAAGUUUACCUCUGAUGGAUCCAGUAAUACUUUCUCUGUGUGGUUUGAACACCCUGUGCAGGUUGAGCAAGACACAUUUUACAACGUAAGUGCCAUUCUUGAUGGCAAUGAACUUAGUUAUUUUGGGCAAGAGGGAAUGACUGAAGUACAAUGUGGAAAAGUAACAUUCCAAUUCCAGUGCUCCUCAGACAGUACCAAUGGAACUGGAGUACAAGGAGGACAAAUACCUGAACUCAUUUUCUAUGCAUGAUGCAUUUCACUUUGAUUGUAUUCCAGUACUGCUAUUCACGCUAAAGGAUGUUUUGAUUACCACAAACCUCUACAGCAGUGUGGAAUGUUACACUACUUACUUAUCUACUACAUCAGGCUAUCAAAAUAAGUGAAGGAAUGCUCUUGAAUUUAAUCUUAUUUUAUUUAUUCAUAAGAUAUUUGACUUAAUUAAACCUGCAACAUGCAGAAAAAUGUUAAAUUCUGCACGUAAUGUGCAUUUAUUUUGUAUAUAGAUAACUAACUUGCAGACUGCAGCUGACGCAAGCAGGAUGUUCUAAACUAGAGCAGUUUAUGAAUCUGUGAAAUAUAAAACAUUUUUACUUGCCCUAAAA